AUGUGCGUGAAAGCUGCUUAAAAGGUGAGGUCUGUUGCGAAGGUAGCCCAGUCAGCCGUUGCUCCGAAGAGCGUCGGCGACAAUCGGCGACAAUCUGCGAAAGCUUGCGAUAGAUCGAUAUUCCGCCGGAUAUCAAUUGGCCUCGCUCGGUCUUGCAUAUCUCUGUCCGAGGACUCAAAAAUUAAAAAUCAAAAAAUUAAACGAUCUAACUCGUUUGUCAUUUUCCAAGUAAGGCUAGGUGAGCCCGGCUCAAAGUGGAGGAUCUCGCCCAGGGCUCCGAUAUCCGAUCCUGCAGGUGGCCUCUCCGACUCGGUCACGCCGUCCCGCGCCCUGCUAUCAGCUAGCUUUCGGCAUCACCCUAGCGUCGUCCACAGAACGAAUUCGAGCUGGAUGGGAUGGUCAGCGACCCUAGCUGCGGUGGCUAUGGCCGUCGGUCCGCCGUUGGCCUACAGUGAUCAAUUCGCGUCCAUCAUUCGCAAACGAUCCUCGGCCGGGUUCAGCACGGAUGUGCCGGGGGUCUUGCUCUUUGCCAACAUCACACGGUGCUUCUAUUGGCUGGGAGCUCGGUUCCAACUGGCGCUCCUGGUCCAGGUACGAUCUCGCAUCUCUUCUCACGCCAAUCGCUCAUAGCACUGAUAACGUGUCCCUACUCCCACGCGCCCUCGUUCGUCACUCCCCGCACCGUCGCCCCACCCCCGGUUCGCUUGCCCAUGUAUCCCAUCACCCCCACUUGACACUCGCUAUAGUCGCUGUUGAUGAUCGCCGCGCAACUGGCGUUGCUAUACGUCUGUCUCCUCUUUCGCGAAAAGCGCGAUGUAAUCGACCCGAGGUCGCUGCAAGAGACGGAAGGGCUUCAUCAGCCCGUGAGCGAAGAACCCAUCUCGACGUCUCGUGUUGAUCAUCGACCCUUCAAGCUGUGGCAAUGGGUCUCGUUCGGCAGCUAUCUCGAAUGCAUCGCCGGGAUCAUUGCGGUACACUGCCUCCUUUUCUUAACCCUACACUGGAUCCCCUUUUACGUCGACCUGCUCGGCUUCGUCGCUCUCGGGUCUGAAGCGACCUUGCCCAUCCCGCAAGUGCUCGUCAAUUAUGAGCGCAGGUCGACGGCCGGAUUCCGCUACACGGUCUUGGUCGGUUGGGCCGGUGGCGAUCUUAUCAAGACGAUCUACUUUUUCGCAACUGAGAACAAUGGCCCGGCCUUCAAGGUUCGUGGGCCGCGCUUCGAAGUUGCCCCUGGGGUCGGGUCCGACACCACGAGGCUCCCAUCUGAACCUCUCUUCUAUCCCACCCGUGGCACAGAUAUGCGCCCUGUUUCAGCUUUCGGUCGACAUGCUGCUCUGCAUUCAAACUUGGAUGUAUAGGGCCAAAACCAAGCGGGAUCUGCAGUCGAAUUCGCUCCUCCGCGAAGAGCCUGGCCUCGCGGGAACUCGGGGAUUAUAUGAUGUCGCCAGUCCAGAGGAUUCAUGA